AUGCUCUCAUCACUUCUCCGGUUUCUACCUCAUCUUGGACGGCGAUGGAAACCAUUAAGUUUCCCCAACUUCAACUUCGUCCGAAUCCCCAACUGGCACAAAAUAGAAGAAGAGACUCUUCCCGAAUAUACCGCCUCACAGUAUUAUCGCACGCGAAUAGGAGAAGUUAUCAAGGAGCGGUAUCAAGUCAUUGGUAAACUGGGAUAUGGAUCAACUUCAACCGCGUGGCUUGCACGGGAUAUGGAAAACCGCCGUUAUGUUAUGCUCAAGAUAUUCAUUGAGGCUUCGUCUAUGGGUCAGCAAGUCGACAACGAGCUUAAUAUGUGCAGACUUAUGGAACAGUCCCCGAUCAUCCACCCCGGCCGCGAUGUCAUCAGAACAUUACUCGAUAAUUUUUACAUCGACGGCCCUCAAGACAAACAUCGCUGCCUUGUGCAUCCCCCAUUAUGGGAAAGCGUUCUAGCUUUCUUGCGCCGGAAUCCGGUUGAGAGGCUACCAUCUGCAGUCAUUGCUGUUGUUCUUCAUCGCUUAUUUCUAGCAUUGGACUUUCUGCACACGGAAUGCAAGAUCGCGCACACGGAUAUCAAAGCCGAUAAUAUCAUGUUCGGUAUCAAAGAUGACUCAGUCUUUACGGACAUCGAGGAGAACGAACUUCAACGACCCGUCCCGAGGAAAGAGGUUGACGAAAGGACGAUAUACAUGUCCCGGGAACUCAAAGUACCUAGAGGAAUUGGCGCCCCGGUUCUGUGCGAUUUUGGUUCAGCCUUGGUCGUCAAUGAUGAAUACCAGAGGGUAUUUAUUCAACCUCAGAUCUAUCGAGCCCCGGAGGUGAUACUGGGAGUUCCAUGGACGUACAGCGCUGAUAUUUGGAAUGUUGGAUGCAUGAUCUGGGAUCUAUACGAAGGCGGUUCCUUGUUCACGGGACAAGACCCUGUAGAUGAGAGAUACCGGAGUCGAGCGCAUCUUGCCGAGAUGAUUAAUCUUCUUGGACCGCCACCGGAGAGUUUGCUUGCACGGGGGGAACUGAGAGAUAAGUUCUUUUCGAGUGAAGGUGCUUUCCUCCAUCCGGAUUUAUUGACUGAUCGGGUCCCACUUGAAGAAAGAGAGACUACUCUGGAGGGAGAGGCAGAGAGGGCUGCGUUUUUGCGUUUUAUGCGGAAGAUGCUGCAGUGGGAGCCGAGUAGGCGGAAUUCUGCUAAGGAUUUGGCGGAGGAUGAAUGGAUACAUAGUCAUAUGAGGUACUAGACCAAUGCUACUUUUAUCAUACAAUGGGCAUCAUGUCCUAGUCAACAGACCCUUCUUUACUAAAUAGUACGUGAUAAUAGCACACAUGAAACACAUUCAUACAUCCUACAUCCAUACUCACCAUUAUUCCAGAAUCCACACCUUACUACACGUACUC